AUGGAUGAUGAGAUAAGAGGACUGAGAUGUGUUCGUGAGGAAGAAGGGAUUCCAGAUUUGGAAGAAGAUGAUGAACCUAAUCAGCCUGUGAGGUUUCAGAGUCAUAAUACUCCCAAACGAACAAUUGAGGUGCCUAGAGCUGAAACUACAAGGAAUGUUGUUGUUGAAGAGGGGAAGAAUGUAGUUAAUGUUGCAAAAAAAGAGACGCCAGGUUUCACUGUGUAUGUGAACAUGAGACCAACGAGCAUGGCUGAGGUGAUCAAAGAUCUUGAAGAUCAGUUCACAACCAUUUGUGAUGUGGCUAAGGAAGUCUCGGGGCUUUUGGAAGCAAGUAGAGCUCAGUACGCACCAUCCUCUAGAGAUCAUAGUGCCAUGAAAAAGCUGAAUCCAGUAGCUUUGUUUCGCUCGGGCUCAUCAAGAUCUUCCUCUUCAAGAUUCUUGCUUACUUCUUCUUCUGGUGGUUCAAAGGAUAGUGGCUCUGAAAGUAGAAGCGAUGCUUCAGAUGAACCUUGCAUGGUUUCAGAGAAGAAACUCUACGAUGAAGUUAAGUCUGGAGAACGUGUUAGAAGAGCAUACGAGAAGAAAUGCAUGCAGCUGAGGAAUCAAGAUGUCAAAGGAGAUGAUCCUUUUGCAGUUGAUAAAACAAGAGCUACGAUCAGAGACCUAGACACACAGAUAAAGGUCUCUAUACACUUCAUUGAAUUUAUCUCGAAAAGGAUUGAGACUCUUCGUGACCAAGAAUUGUUUCCUCAGCUUCUCGAGCUUGUUCAAGGAUUAACAAGGAUGUGGCAAGUGAUGGCAGAGAGUCAUCAGAUUCAGAGACGAACACUGGAUGAAGCGAAGAUGUUGCUUGCAGGGACACCAGUUUCAAAGCAUCACAAGAAGAGACAACAGCCUCCAAUAAUGCCAGAGUCCAAUAAUUCACAAAUAUUAGCUCAAUGUGCUUUGAAUAUUGAAGCUCGGCUUCAAAACUGGAGAGCCUAUUUCGAGUUCUGGAUCACAUCUAAAAGAUCCUAUAUGACAGCAUUGUCUGGUUGGCUUCUCAGAUGUCUCAGAUAUGAUCCUGACACUGAGAAAGUUAAGGAAGAUCCAAACUGGAGCGGAAGCGGGUCAAGAAGAUAUUCCGGGCCAGAGAGCUUGGACCUUGUGUUGGCUGAUAGAGUGGAAGAAGAUGUUGUGAUGACUGUUGAGAAACUUGCAGAGGUUGCUGUUAAAGUUCUCUGCCAUGGAAUGUAUGUUGCAGUUAGUUCACUAGCUGAGUUUUCCAUCAACUCGGCUGAUGAACACUCAAAGCUUGUUAACCAACCAGAGGACGCUGCUGCUGAUGCUACCAUGUCAGGGAAACGUCCAGAUGUAAAUUCCAAUUCCUAA